GUGCACCGGAUCUGUCUAAAUUAAUGCAACUUUCUAUUUUCUCAACAAUUAUCUGCAGCAUAACUGACACAAACGUAACAUAUCCAAAGCUUUAUCUUCAUGCAUGCUAUCCUACGCUUUUGGGUCGAUGUGAAAGGUGGUGUUGUGCUUCUUUUUUUGCUACUUAAUUUUAAUUCUAUUUGCUUCCGUUGUGGAUCGCAUUUACAUAAACUCUUUAGUAAGUUCAAGCCAGAUCGGCUUAUUUGUCUCCCUCCCGAUACAACUCCUGAUGCAAUGGACUAUCUCCUCACCAAAUUGUCAAGGAAAGCCCUUCAUUGUGACAACCAUUUUGCCCGACUUCUGGCUAACUGGCUCCCUCUAUCUCUCUUUUUUCUUGAGCUUGGCACGUUAAUCCUGCUGAGUAUGAUUUGACUCACUCUGUUUCCUUUGCUUCCCGCACCGAAUUUCUGCCUUGGCUCAUAUCGUCAAAUGAACUUGGCUGACCGAAUACCUUACUUCUCUCUUCUACUUCUGUCUCAAUUUUUUUUUGUGCUUGUUUGCCACCCCAUGCUUUCUACACGCUAUUUGCAUUUGUUUUUUAACCUGUCCUUUUUCUCAAUUGAGCCUCCCCAUAGAUCCCAGGGCGAGCAAUAGCCCAAAACGGACGUGUGUUCACU